AUGCAGAUCAUUGACAAAGUUCAAGUUGAACCUGUUGAAGAAUCAUCUGAAGAGGUUCGUCAGAAGAACCACCCUAUUGAUGACUACCCUCUCUGGUCUAAGAAGGAUAAUCCAGCCAGCAUUCUGAAAUAUGUGAGAAUGCUCAGAAGUAAAGGAGAUCCAAUCACUCUCGAGGAAUUCAUCAAGAGUCUUCCUGAUAGUCCUCCUGAGGUACCAACAAGGAGGUCCAAGAGAACAACCAGCAACAAGCCUUCAUAUCCCAAAGGCAAAGGGAUUCUAAUAGAGGAAACCAAGAAGAUGAAAGCAGCAUCAAAAUCUGUAGUCAUCAGGGAAUCAAUUCUAGAACCCUCUCCUGAAAGAACUCCAGUGGAGUCACCUCAGGAAUCUCAGUCUGAUAGCUCUGAGAGCUCUAUGUCUUCUUCCAUUGGAACUCAAGAAGAAGAAGUUUCACCUAGAAAGGAUGUCAAGAGGAAGGCUGUCAUGGAAGAAUCUUCUGAUGAGGAAACUGAAGAUGAUGAUGUUCCUCUGGCCAAGAGGCAAAGAAUUCAAGCAAUUCAAGUUGAGGAAGAAGUUGAGCAGGAUGAUUGUGAGAUUAUUGGGAAUGUGCUCCAGGUCAUAAGGGAAUCUGCAGAAGCUGAAGAAUCCACCGAUUCUAAUGUAGAGCCCAUAGGCAAGAGGAUGAAACUGCCUCUGAAGGAUCCACUUCAGAAGGAGUCAGAACCAAAGCAAGCAUCUGAAAAUGUUGCAGAGGUACAAAGAGAAAGGAGAUCAAAGAUAACUUCAGAUCCUGCAAGGACUGCUAGACUCACCAGAUCUACCAUACUCAGAGAUUCAAGUAAGGAACUAACUAAAAGCAUUAAUUUAGAUUCUACUUUAGUAGUUAUUCCUGAACAACCUAUACCUAUAUCUACAUCCCUGCCAACCUUAACCCAAACAAAUCCACCUCAAACAGAACCUCACACACAAACCUUAUCUCAAGCAGAAACACAAGCUCCUCACUUCAACACCCUAACUGCUACCACUUCCAUUCCAUCCAUCCCAAUUCAAACCUCCUCCACAUCCACCACCACUGAGUCUGUACCUCUUUUCAAUUCAUUCAUCAAGGGUAUCGCUCAGAGUGAGGCCACCUUGAGGGACUUGGUUCAACAAUUCACACCCAAACCUCCAUCCACCUCAAGAACCCUUCUGAUAACUGAAUCUGGAGAGAUUCCUACUGAGAAAGACGAUGAAGAUGAGGAUGUUCAGAUUCUAGAACCUCCUUUCAAUGUGCAACCUAUCCAGCAGGUAGCCUCCUACUUUGAAGAUGUGCUCCCAGAUGCUGUUGCUGAGUCCUUCUAUGUGUCCUUGUCUCACUACUCCAUAGUAAACUCAAGAGAUCUGAGUUUCACCUCACCUGAGAAGACUGCUACAUCCAGGGAAAGACAAGAGACCAUUCCUGAGAUUGAACGCAUGGAUGAAUCAGAUCAUUUUGGACAAGGAAAAGCUCAUGUGAAUGAAUCAAUGCCUUCAGGGCAAAUGAGAACUGAAAGUUCUAAUGCAUCAAGUUCUAAAGCAACCAACAUUCCUCAACAAAUCAUGGAUCUGAGGCAGAGGGUGUUACACAAGGUUUGUGAGCCCAUGAGAAGGGCAAUGGCUUCAAGAACUCAUCUUGUCUCUGAACGUACCUCAGAAGAUGAUGAUAUGAUUUCAGCAGAGGUUGCAGAGGACAGUGCUGAAGAGAUCAUUAUUCAUGAGGCUGCAGAGGUUGAUGAAGUUCAGAUGGAAAUACCUAGUCAAGUUGCGGCAGAAGUUCAGGCACCUACAGAUGUUCCUAUUCAAGCUCCAGAACCAGCUUCACAUCCGGAAGUUGCUCUCCUGGCUGCCAGAAUUGAUAGGAUACAAGAUGAUCAGCAGAGGCUGUUUCAGAUGGUUGAGCAUCAAGGCAUCAUUCAGAGUGAACAGAGUCGGCAGAUUCAGGAAUCUUCAAGCAGAAUGGAGAAUAUGAUAAGGUACCUGAUCGAGAAUCUCCCAUCUUCAUCAAAGCCUUGA